AUGGAUUACCAGAACCGCGCAGGAAGCAAAGGUGCCGGUAUCGCCAGUGAUGCAGAUGAACAGGCGAACCGCCGCGAGCGGCUUCGCAAGCUUGCGAUGGAGACCAUCGAUAUUUCGAAAGACCCGUAUGUGCUGCGAAACCAUGUAGGCAGCAUCGAAUGCCGUCUUUGCCUUACCGUGCACGCAAACGAAGGGUCGUACCUUGCACAUACCCAGGGAAAGAAACAUCAGACCAAUCUUGCGCGCCGCGCCGCGAAGGACGCGCAGGAUUCGCAGUCGGACGAUCCCAACAUGCUUGCGCUUCCACCGGCGACGGUAGCGCCGAAAAAGUCGUUUGUCAAGAUUGGUAGGCCGGGAUAUAAGAUUACAAAAGUGCGCGAGCCAUUCUUUGACGCUGGCGCGGGCGAUGACGCUGGAGUGGAGCGCGCAGGUGGUCGUAUGGGCCUCAUUUUCGAAGUCAGCCUGCCGGAAAUCAAAGAGGAUGUGCUCCCGAUUCAUCGGUUCAUGAGCAGUUACGAACAAAAACAAGAGCCACCGAACCGUGCAUUUCAAUACCUGGUCAUUGCUGCGGAGCCGUAUGAAACGAUCGCAUUCAAGAUCCAAAGCCGCGAGAUCGACCGGGCAGAUACUUUGACGCUCGACGGGCCGCGCGGACCCCAGCAGAGUAUUGAGCCCGGGACAUGGAGUUUUUGGGAUUCUGAAAACAAAGUGUACACCGUGCAAGUUCUAUUUAAGCGAUAA